AUGUUUGGUCGGCCUAGCUUCCCAUGGUGCAUGCCUCUGUUUGCUGCAGCAACAGCUGCACUAGGAGCUGAAGCUAGAACGCCGGAGACAACCAAUGCGCCUUCAAGUUACGCAGCUGCAGUAUCAGCUGUCAUGCUUCAUGAUGAAACUCUGCGUCCUGACCUGUUUCCCCCAUUGAAUGUGGUGGUGGGGCAGCCCUUGGGAGGUUUGGAAUCCUCUGUAUUUAUAGAGGGGCAGAAGCAGCGGCAAAUAUCUCAGCUUUUGGCCGUCAGUGCUGGUCUGGUGGCGGUUGUUUGUUUAGCAGUGGCAUUUUUCGUGCUUCAGUGUGCACGGAAGGCCCUGUUCCCGAGGUUGUUUGGUCCUCUUGGUAGAAGGGCUCUCUCCGAUUCAGAAUGGGAGGACAAGUGGCUGGAGGAAUGCCCUGAAUAUGAUUCAGAAGGACAGGAGGAUGAAGGCGAUGAAGAGGGAACAUGGGAUGAAAUCCCAGCGGCGGAGACAGGAGAAUCUGUGGCUUUGCAGACAUUAGAAGCGUUGAGGGACCUCAUGACUCUGGGGAUGCGAACGAUGCCGCAUCUAACUUUUCCUGAUAGAGGCACUCUGCUUGUCUUGUUAUUGACAAUCAGCACGCAGGAGUUGGUUUUGUGUGGGGUGUACGCAACUCCCGCGGUGGAGGCGGAGCGGCAGAAGACAGUGGAUUUCAUUCGGGAGAACGGGCUGAAGGAGUUACAACAACUACAUACUACUCGCGAGAAAUGUAAUGCAAAAGGCAGAGCGAAGAAAAUGUUAAGGCUCUUGGAGCGAUUUGGAACUUCCCGAUCAGUGCCAAACCUUUCGGAGCUGGCUGUGGAAGCAAGCAUCUGCGCGUAUAGAAUUGCGCAGUGUUAUAAGGCUCUAGAACAGCUGCAACCUUGGGUAGAAAUGGACCUUCCGAUCCCCGAAAAGGUAGUCGAGCAAGCCCUCGCAGUGUUUUCGUAUACUCGCAAAACGGCAAAAAGCAGGCUCAAGCUAGACCCGGCUGCGAACGCCUGGGUGGUGGAUAUACAAGGACAGAGGCUUUGA